AUGAAACUAUAAUUUGAAGAAAAGCAUAUGAAAUCUAGCUUAGUUAGAUAGUGUAUUAUAACACUAAAGAAUAUUGUAGUUGCAACCUCUGAUAUGAAAAGUACUAGUGCAGAUUAUAAUCUAAGUUAUUUGAAGAGAGAAAAGAUAUAAUAAGAAGAGUACAAAAGGGAAAUGAAAAAAUAAUACAAGUUUAAUACUCUUACAUAUAUCUAAUACCUUAAUUCAAUUUUAAUUUGCUGAAUCAAAACUAUUUCUUAAAAUAUAAAGAAAUAAUUAGAGUUUAAAAUGUAGGAGUAGAACAUAUAAGUAGAGGAUUUAUCAAGAAAUUAAAAAUUAUUUAUAGUUCUCUUAUUAUUAGUUUAAUAGCAUUAGUAAAUUAGUAGAUAUCCCUUUUAGAGCUAUUAUUUGAUAGUAAAUAGUUAUAGUAAUUGAUUAAUUAUUAAAUAGUUUGAAAAUGUAAAGAGUGAAGCUCAAAGUUAGAUAAAGGAAAGAUUACUAUAUAUUUGA